AUGGAACUGGUGGAGAUCAGACCUGCAGGGGAUGGAAGCUUCCAGAAGUGGGCAGCUGUGGUGGUGCCUUUUGGGGAGGAGCUGAAAUACACAUGCCAUGUGCAGCAUGAGGGUCUGCCUGAGCCCCUCACCCUGAGAUGGGAGCCUCCUCAGUCCUUCCCCAUCAUGACCAUGGUUGGUGCUGUCCUUGGAGCUGUGGUGAUCUUAGGUUUUAUCAUUGGAGCUGUUAUGAUGUGGAAGAGGAAGAACACAGGCUCCGCCAAGACCGAGGCAGGUGAGUGCGGGGUCCAGUGGGAAACCACUCUCUUCCGGGAGAGCAGGAUCGGCACCGGGGAAGCCGCGUCCCCGCGUCGCCCAGCCAGACCCUCCCGCCCUUCUCCACCGCGUCCCGAGCCCCGCGCCCUGCUCCCCUCCCGGCCCGCGCACCCGCCCCGGGUCCCGGGAGGAGGGUCGGGGUCUCACCGAUCGCCGCCCCUAGGCUCGCACUCACUGCAGUAUUUCUCCACCAUCGUGUCCCGGCCUGGCCUCAUGGAGCCCGAGUACACGGAAGUCAGCUACGUAGACGACACGCAGUUCAUCCGUUGCAACAACAGCGAAACGGAAACUCUGAGAGCCAAGCCGCGGGAUCCGUGGGUAGAGCAGGAGGGGCCGGAGUACUGGGAGCGCCAGACGCGGAUAUUCAAGGAGCACACACAGAAUUUCCGAACGUGA